AGAACCAAAUUAGCAGAGCUGUUGGUAUUUAUAAAAACAAACAUUAACCUCACUUUUCCGGAAACGUCAAAAUGUUUUGGUAAAACAAAGUGGAAAAGUUGGUUUUAAAAAUGUUUCUGCUGAAUAAAACCAUAUUGCGGAUCAUGAUACCAAUACCAAAAAAUGCUCGCUUUUAUUUGCAUGUUCAGACAAAGCAGUCAGUCCUUAAAGAGUGCCCCCCAUAUUUCAGUUUAUGCAAACAUUUUGAAAAUAAUGAAGGUAUGGCAGAAGAGUUAGUUAGUAGUAUGGUAGUACAUAAUGACUUUUUGAAUAUUGAAGACGAACAAUCAAUAAUGGAUGAAAUAGACCCAUAUAUGAAAAAGCUAAGGUAUGAAUUCGACCAUUGGGAUGAUGCCAUCCAUGGUUAUAGAGAGACAGAAAGGCUGAAAUGGAAUGACAAAAAUGAUAAAACUCUUGAUAGGGUGCGAGGACUUGCUUUUCCACCAAAUGUAUCACCUCUAAAGUUUGUUCAUAUCUUAGAUUUAGACAAAAACGGGUAUAUCAAACCGCACAUUGAUGCUGUGAGGUUUUGUGGGGAUACAAUAGCAGGCCUUAGUUUGCUGACAGAUAGUAUUAUGAGAUUGGUGCAUGACAAACAAAAGCAACUGUAUGCAGACAUUCUGUUAAAACGUAGGUCAUUGUAUAUUAUGAAAGGCACUGCUCGUUUUGAUUAUACUCAUGAAAUAUUGAGCAAUGAUCAUAGUGUAUUCAAGGGCGAGAAAAUAUUCAAAGAUAGAAGGAUUUCUGUGAUAUGUAGGAAUGAACCUGAUACUAAGCAUAAAGAUGCUUGAUAUAGAAACAUUUCUAUAGCCAGCACAGAAAGUUUUUUCUGAUGUGAAUCUAGCAAAGAAAUCUGGAUUGGAGUAUAUACACGUGGUUAGUGGAACAACAGGCAUCUCAGUCUUGGUUAAAAUGUUGUUGAGUUGUCUGGUAUGAUCGAAUCCCCACCCUAUUACAGUUCCUGGAAUUACAAAUCAAUCAUGUGUAUUUCUUCACAGUGUACCCGUCAGAGGUUUGACCAUUGCUAUCCAACGUAAAAUACGGAAUACUUAUAAGAAUUUGCAAAGUUAUGCAUUUAGCAGAAGCAGUUGCGUCCAACAAAUUUACAAAUUUUCAUGUUCAUUGACAAAGCACCCUGGUGGUCUAAGAUAUCCCACCACUUUAGUUGCAAGGAAACUGCUGCGGUACAAACUUAUGGGACAUUGAACAUAUACCUAUGCGCCGCAUAGUAUACGAAAUUAAAUAAUUUAGUAUUGCUAACCAUGAUACUAAAAUUGUCGAAAUCAUGGGUAUCGUUUUUACAAAAUGUCUAACAAUAUCCCAUGCGUGAUCCUCCUUUACUCUUUGAACACAGUUUCCACCUAGGGUGACAAAAUCUAGGAUUCAGUAGCUAUAUCCAUUCUGCCAAAAUAACUCACUAU